AUCAACUACUGAUCUUGUGCUAAAGUUUGCACAUGCUUCAUCUUUUGACGACUAACGCAUUGCUGUGUUCGUUGCACAUGGUCGGGACAUAGUCAUUGUGUUAGGGCCUACUAUGGCUUCGUUGGCCAUUUUGCCUAUGCUAUUGCUGUCUUUAGGUCUCGGUUUCUCGCACGCACAAAACGAACAGCUUCUACCUGGAUUAUCGUGUCCCUCAUGGUUGGACGAUAGCAGCGGAGCUGGCCAACCAGGAGAGGCUACCCUUUGCUCACUAGACAACCUCAAAGAAUGUCAGGCGCCUGACUUGGCUGGCCCCGUCUGGUUGACGGGUUCCCCGCUGAAGCCUAUAUGGAACCUGGGAGCGGGCGGCGAUGGAGUAUUAAGCCUUGGGCAAGUCGAGAAUCUCACGGCCUUUUGCUUCAGCUUCUCAAUGCGGCGCCCUGAUGCAGUUCAACUGCAACCGAUAUCUAUUGAGACUCUUCUGGCUCCGCCUAUAUUUGCAAGCCCUCCUUCGCGCCUGACCUUGCGGAAUGUUGGUUUCGAUUUGGACUGUGCUCAGCUAAAGGAGUGGCAGGAACUGCUGUGCAGUGUAAGCUUGCCAGGAGCAGCGCAGGUGCAGGGACCCCUCAUCAACAUUUCUCGCUGGGAAACCGAAUUCGUCCUGUUGGAGAAUGUAUGGCUAUCCUGCGAUGACGAUCCAAACUUUCAACCCUCAUGCUCAAUGGCUAUCGUCAACAAUGUGGAGGACAUCCUUAGCGCCUCCGACGCCCUCCUUGAGCCCUCCCUUCCGUUGGUGCUUGCCCUUAACACCCAUCGGCUGGAGUUUAACGACUCCAACUGGCCAGCAGAUGGCGUCCGCAUUACUGCCAACGUAUCCCUAAGCGCCACCUGGAUUAGAAUGGUCACAAUCAGCUUCGGUUUGAAGACGGUUCUAUUCCAGGUGGAUUCAAGGGCCUCCUCCGCAGCUUUCAUGUCCUUUCGGGGCUGCAUCCUGCUAGACCUCCCGCUCAGCUACCUUCCCCUGGACCACCCCAGACGGCCUUUCGGUGUUUUGUCUACCGGCCUCUGGCCUGUGUACAGGGAGCAAGUUGCCAUGGGGCUUUACAACUGCACGCUGAUCCUGACAAAGGAGGAGUUUAUGUUCUGGUCCUUUUGGCUGUCAAUCCUCAUUUCACCAAUCCCAUCCGUCCGCAACCUGGCUAGCUGGAGCGCUGCGUCUCAAGUGCAGCUGGAGCCCUCGGGCGAGGACUACAUCAAACUCGCCUCCUACUACGGCCGCUACACCAUGCUCUCCAACGUAACCUACCAGGUCUCCAACGGGGACUUCACAACGCAGCAACGCAACAACAUUCUGCAGAUCACGGGAGACGCGCAGGUGCCCCCCACUACCGUAUUCCAGGUCCGGGACAGCGCGGACAUGCUCAACACCCUGCUCAACGCCACCAGCAGUACGGCAGCACAGUACGGAUUGUACGUCAUCCUAACCGACAACGUCGCGUUGCCCAACUCAACCGCUUGGCCCAGCGGCGGUGUGCCCAUCAGCUACUCCACCACGUUCACGACGUGGCCGUCAACAGUGGCGGCGCUUGACUUCCAGCUGACGCAGGAUACGUUUUUGGUGACUGCGCCGGUGGUGGUUAAAAACACGGUGCUGCUGAACCUGCCGAUGGGCCCAGCAGCGGAGCAGUACGGAAUGCUGGCUUCGGGGCUUUGGUCCUUCAACUUCAGCGCCUGGCCUAUGUCAGACCCGAGUCGACUUUUAGUCCAGGACGGCUCCAUAGUGGUGGCGCAGCAGGAGGUGGGCUUUUACUUUGCGGCUACAGUGGACGCGACCGACAAGGGCGGCACGGACUGGAUCAUCGCGUACAAGGUCCAUGGCUACGACCAAGCUAACCGCACUUGGGUGUACUACUCGACCCUCACAACGCAACGCUUCACGGCGACGAACCUCAACAUCACCAGCACUGUUCCCGUGUUAACGUUUAACACCAUUGCCACGACGCCAGCAUCGUCAGGUGUCACGCUCAUUACUGAUGCGGAUCAGGGCUCCAACGGUGUGGACCGGCAGGAGGUCCUGCUAUUCGCUUCCCUAGCCAUCGCACUGCCAGCAGCUCUGGCGGCUGCACUGGUUACCUACGUUUGGCUGCGGCGGCGCCGGCUGGGCGGCAUAUGUCGCAGCAGCUGCAACGCGGCGAGCGGAAAGCAGCAGCACGGGUCCAAAGCGGACGGUGACGGUGCGGCAGCAGCGGAUGUGGAGGGGGUGCAGACGGACGCGGAGGAGGGCGGGGGCGGUGCCAAUCGGAAGGGAGCUCAAAGACAGGACAUGUCAUGCUGCUUGCCGCUGUCACUGCCGCUGCGCAAAGCAAAGUUCGUCAACCCGCUGUUUGAGGGGCCAGGGGGCGCGGGGGCGGACGAGGUGGUGCUCACUGCGGUGUUGGGACCCAGCACCCGCGCAUCACCUGUCAGGUCUCGUCAGCUGGCGUCGCCGUCGGGUGCUGCGGGACUGGCUGCAGCAGCAGCAGCAGGAGCCCCCAUACCCCUGGCAGGCGCCGGCGGAGAAGGGCAGGCGGAGAUUGGUGAUGGAGAGGAGUCGGGCAGCGGAACGGAGUGGAGUGAAGACUCGGGUGGUGGCUCGGGCGAGCAUGCGGGCAGCAUUGCGAUCCUAACGGAGUUUGGGGGAGCCUUGACAGCAGGCGGCUCGGAGUUGAGGUUGAGCGGGCGGCUGAGCAGCGGCAGCGGUGCUAGUCGCCGGCAGCUGCCCCGUUCAGCUGCAGCUGCAGCACAGCUUCAGUACAGUCCGGCCAUGUGUUCAGGGGCGGCGGAGGUUGGGGAGCUGCGCGUGGGAUCUGGAUCUGGGCUAUCCUUACGGCAGCCGGUGGCAGCAGCAGCAGCAGCUGCUAGCGGCGGUUGGGACCAGCAUGCUUCAGCGGCGCGAGGCAUGGGCUGUAGCGGCGAUUGGUCUCUGCACGGCGAGCCGCACGAGGUGGUUCCGGAAGACCUCAUGACGGCAGCAGCGCCGCCCGCUUGCACGCAGCCGGGAGGGAGGGACGGGGGGCUCGCAGGGACGCAGCAUGGACAGCAGCAGCAGCAGCAGCUUCACCAUGCGGGGGAUGGCUCGCAGCAGGGGUUAGGCUCCUUUGGGUGGCAGGAACACCAACAACAACAACAACAACGACAUGAGCAACAAGGACAGCUAAUGCCGCAGCAGCACUCGGGCGGUCGUGGGCAACAGGCGUCUCAAGCGGAACCCAGUGGUAGCGGCGGCGGCGGCGGCGGAGGCGGCGGCGGCGGCGGAGGAGGAGGAGGCGGCGGCUUCAACCCUCGGCUAGCUGAGAUGCAGCGGCUGGAGCAGCUGCGUCGGGACAUCGGUGACCGGCACCUGGAGGUGCAGCACAGCCUGGGCUGGGGCGGCUGCGGCGUGGUGUAUAAGGGCACCUGGAAGGGUCUGCAGGUGGCGGUGAAGACGGUGCUGCUGCAGGGCGACAGCAAGCAGAGCCGCCAGUUCCUCACGGAGGCGGCCAUCUCGGCCAGCCUGCAGCACGCCAACAUCGUGACCACCUACCUGUACGAGCUGCGACCUCUGGAUGAGGUUGAUCCCGGGAUAGGCAGCAUGGAGAUCCGUGUGACGCACCGCCACCGCCACCACCGGCAUCACCACGACGGAAGUGGAUUGGGAUUGGAAGCGGGAGUAGGAGGCGGCGGUGGUGGCGGCGGGGCAGAGAGGGACUUUGCCUGCUGCUCCACAUCCUCGAUCUGCUCGGGGGGGUCGGAGGAGCAGCAGGAGGAGGGACGGGGGGUGGGCAGUCCAGGCAUGAUGAGCUGCUGGAAGCUGUACAUCGUGCAGGAGUACUGCGAACUGGGUACUUUGAAAAGCGCCAUAGACCAGGGCUACUUCCAGGGGGCGCAGGGGGGGCUGCCCAACAUGACCUUCCUCCUCUCCAUCGCUCUCGACAUGGCGUUGGGUCUCAGCCACGUGCACUCCAAGCACGUCGUGCACGGCGACAUCACCGUCAGCAAUGUGCUGCUGCAGGCGGCGCCCAAUCGGCCCCAAGGCUGCAUCGCAAAGGUCGCGGACUUUGGCCUCAGUGUUCGCCUUGAAGCGGGGCAGAGCCACCACUCCCACACGUACGGUGGCACGCCGCAUUACAUGGCGCCGGAACGCACCCGAGGCCACCUGUCCAAGGCUUGCGACAUCUACUCGCUAGGGGUGUGCCUUUGGGAGCUGUUCUGCGGGACGCCGCCUUGGCGACGCAACUCGGCAGGCGCGCACAACAGGGGGCGUUACGGAGGAGGGGAUGCCAGCAGCGUGGGCAGUGACAGCGGGGGGUUGCACGGAGAUUGGGGCGGGCCGGGUGCUGCUGCUGGUGUCACUGGGGGCGGCGGGUCGGAUGUGUUUCGCAUGCCGAGGAGUUGUCCGCAGGAGUAUGCGGCGUUGGUGCUUGGGUGCCUAGCGGCGGAGGCGCAGCGGAGACCGACUGCGGAGGCGGUGGUUGGGACGUUGCAGCGGUUGCAGCGUAGGUAUGGGUGAGGUGGGCGGGAGUUGGGAUUGGAAGAGGAUGGGUGUGGGAGCCGAGGAGCAGCCUGGUGGGUGGGCAGCAGUUGACGUUGCUGAAAUGAUUGCAGGGAAGGUCAGGAGGUGGAUGGGGUACUGCUAAAGGUUAACUCGCAGCGUUGGACGUGUUGCCUGUCGAGUACACAUGAAGGAGGGCGUGGUGUUCGUACUGGUGAUUGGGUUGCGGGGCACAUGGAUGGCUGCGUUCAGCGUUCUGAGUGCCGCAAGCACGCCGCUUUGUUUAGCACUUGCUGAUUGAGUGGUGGUUGGUGGGGGUGUUGUCUACUGGAUUGCGCGGUUUCCGUGUGACGGCGGAAAAGCAGAACAACAAGGAUUGACGAGGAGGAGAUUUUGCACACACUUGAUGGGUCGGAGGUGUUUAGGACGCACAUCUUAGACAUAAAUUGAGGACACACGCAAUACACGUUAUAUAACACAUGCUCGAAAAUACCUGUCUUGGCGCGAAAUACGGGUUCCGGUUUUACCCAAAGAGUGUUAGGUUUAGGAGGCGUUGAUCGUCCUCAUGUUCAUCCAUUAUGUCUUGUGUUCAUACGCCCGGCAUUGCUGCUCUGCCCCGCUCUGCUCUGUUCCUCAAAGUAUGACUAUUUGGGGAUAGGGAGAGGUGGGGAGCGCUGCAUUGCUUUGUGGGCACGCAGCAAAACGGGCAGCCUUGAUGCGAACGUCUUGGCUCAGCAGCCGUUCAUGGUGUCCACGACUGGAGGCGUUACAUUGGUGCACGUCUCCUCGAGUCCGAGGCUUACAAGCGGACCUUGUCUCCUCACACGGAGGGGCUUUUGUGCUUGGUCGGUGCGGUUUCCUGUUUUCCCUUUUGUUGGUGGCUGCGAGGUCCCUCCCGCGGGAGAGUGAGGUGGCGGGGGUAGCACUGCGGGAGAGGCCGAGCGGUACCGGAUCCAUUUCUGUGUGUCUUAACUGGCCGCGAAACUGACGCCGCCCUUGGAGUGGCUGUUGGUGUGGCGUGGGGAUGCGGUUGCGUGAAUGCUGUUGUAACGCGUUGGUCUGUGGCCCGACUGACAGUUAAGUGCAGGUGAGGAUGGAGGGGUGAGUAGGUUGGUGGAGAGGGAUUACCGAUACUAGUUUAUCGGGGAAUUGUGGCAUGGCUGGUGAAUUGGUUUGUGGUGGCUUGUUCGAAAGCACUUGAGCAGCGCAACGCACGAACGCAAUGCACGUUCUGCAGGGAUGGCAACGCAUUAGUCGGCACCGUUAGCGCCGUUAGUGUGAGGCGGCGCCCAAGUAUGACCCAACAGAAGCGGUCGAGAAGGGGUUUGCUAGCGCCUUUUCAGUAUCUUAACCGGUAGGGUACGUUGCUGUGUCUAUCAGGGGGUAUACUUGCGGGGGGGGAGAGCCGCAUCGCGGCUCCUUGGAAGCGAGGGGAGGUGGAGGUUGUUGAUGUAAAUCUGUAGCCGAGCGGUGAGGGAUAGGAUUGGUGGGGCAUGCGGUUAAAAGCUCGUCUCGAGGUUUGGGCAGUGUUUACAUGGUUGCUGUGCUUCUUGAGUGUACGGUAUUGAAAGCUGUGGUGCUUGUUUGGGUGCGGAGGCAAAAUUGAGUUAUGUAGACGCGUAAAGUUCCAGAAUUUGUGAGCACUGUCUAGGAUUUGCAUUGAUGUAAGUGUGUGCGAAGACGUGGCAUGGCGGUUUUACAGUGACAGCACUGUUUGACUGAGGACUGAUGAUGGUUGUAUGUUCUACAUUCGAACAUACUGGGUCGUGCAGACUUCACAGGGUCUGCUGGGGAUCACAUACCCACGGAAUGUACUGAACAUAUCGUAUGAGAAAACCCGUUAUGCGCUUCCUGACCCUUUCUUGCAAUCCCCUGUAAAGCUUGGGUAUUG